UCGAAACGCACAUAACACAUACACAAAUUAUCACCUGUCGAAUACAUUUACAUUACUGGUUAGGUAUUUAAUCAUAUAUUUAUAACAAACAUAUUUUUCCUCGAUAAGAUCAAAGUUCAUGAUUUAUUUGUUUUAUAUAAUACAAGUGAAAAUGAGUAUUUUAAAUAUUUAUUAUGUCGAUUGAUAUCAAAGAUCGUUUCCAACUUAACAACAUUAAAGAGACCUUGGAAACGGAAACUAUAUAAGAGAAGUGUAUUCAUAAUUAAUCAAACUCCUAGCAGAGAGUUUAAUCAAACAAGAUGAUAUUCUCUAUACUUAUUGCUCUUACUAUUGUCACGUCUACAUUAUGCGCAGUGGAUAAUGUUACGUUCCCUGUAAAUCCCUGCAAGCAAAAUUCAUCCAACUAUUCCGCCUGUUUAAAAAACGCAUUAGAAGAAUUAUGGCCACAACUUGUUGAAGGACUUCCAGAAAUCAACUUUCCACCUUUGGACCCAUUCUUCUAUGAUUACAGCAAAGCCGUAUUUAAUAGAGGGCAAAUAUAUGGAGAAAUAAACGUAUUCAAUAUCACUAUUACCGGUAUAAGAAAGACUCAUUUCUUAGUUAUAAGACCAUAUAUUUAUGAUGACAAAUACCGUUUCGAAAUUGAUGUUGAAGUACCAAGGUUAGUAAUUGAUGGUGACUGUAAUGCGAUAGGCAGUUUAGGCGGAAUCAGAAUGGGUGGAAAAGGACACUUUAAUUUAACCUUAGAAGACAUCAGAGGAACAUGGGAUUUAACAGGGCAUGUAGUAAAUGAUACAUGGACUGUAGAACAUUUCCGAUUCCUUCCGACAGUUAGAAAUAUGAAAAUCUAUUUGAACAAUUUAUUCGAUAACAAUAAGGAACUUAAUGAUCUUGCCAUGUUUUUUGUAAAUGAAUACUGGCCGACUUUAUAUCGAGCGAUGUUACCAAUAACAUCCAAAAAUUGGGACUCAUGGUUGACCGGCUUGUCUAAUCGCUUGUUCUCGAAAGUUUCCUUUUCGAAAUUAUUUCCAUAAAAUUCUAAUAUUUGUCCAUAGCAUACAUUAUGAAAUGAUCAGACUCCGUGUAGAAUUUAAAAUAUAUUUAGAUUCAUGAGGAUAAACAUAAAAGUUGAAUACAAAUUUCGACGUGCACACAUACACGCUCCAUUCAUUUAACAAUGUUAAUUUUUCAUUUUUCUAAUUAAUUCGUUUAAAUUUUUUCAAUUUUCCUUGAAUUUUUGAUUUGCAAUUUCAACAGCACAUGGAUUUCAAUUACGUAAAUUUGUUUUACCAACUCCUUCCUUUAAUUUCGCGAAAUGGACUUUUCUGGAAGAUAAGGAUUAAGAAUAUUGAUCUCCUGCAACUUCAGCAAAGAGUGCCGCAUUCGGUGUCGUGUUUGUCGUAUCUACACACUUGCACUAUUUCCUUCUCCUCGUAAGGAUUAAUUGGUCGCAAACAGGGAUCGUGCGAAACUUUGCUCGUUCAAUUUACACUCGAGAUCCGACAUAUAUACGAACGCGGACGCGGUCAUGCAAUUUUCAACCGCGACAGGAAAUCAAGAUCUCUUUCGGAUAUAGUUUCUCCCUACUCUUCGUACGCGCUGAUAUUUUUGUCGUUAUAUCUUCAGAAAAGAAUCGGAAAAAUGAAGGUGGAAAGAAAGCGUGUGAGAAAGAUAGAAAUCAAGAGAGAAAUAAAGGCACGGACUUUGUUGCGGAAAGUCAAGAGGAAAAAGUUGAAAUACGCGCCAAGAGCACGAGAAGUUGUCAAACUUUCGCAUCAGGGAAUUCUUUCCGGGCUCCUCGGAAUAUCCGUAAUAAAGUUAUAAACUUUUAGGAAGGGCCACGCGCCAUUUUCGUUAUAUAACUACUUAUUCUUAGUUUCUCGUAGUGCACAAUGACCGAACUAAAUUUUCCUCUUUUCGAAAUUCAGGGACUAUAUCUAUGACUCGGUGAGCAAGUUUCUAUAGUUUUUUACAAACUGAUGACACACACAUACAUUCUGUUGAAGUAAUAAAUUUGUCUUGAUGCUCUUUUAUGUGUGUGGUAUUUUUUAUUAUAUAUAUAUAUAUUUAAAUAUUAUACAAUAUAUUAAUCAAGUAAUAAAUGCUUACCCGUGAUGCGUUGCUGUCGCCCGAUGUCACCCCUUCCUUCUCUCAUGUUUUCUUUUUGUUGCUUCUUCGUGGCACUCACUCGCGAAAAUAUGAUUCGAUUAUAAUGCGUACUAAUUAGUAAAAUAUGAUGAUCACGCGGUAUUUUGCACAAUACUUCCGACAUUAAUCACACACAACGCGCACUUUAUUAUAUAUAUUGCAACGAAUAAAUCUCGCGAAAUGCGUAUAAUUGAUAAAUUACGACGAUAUAUAAACAUUAAAUUUAUGUGAUAUGUGCGAUUGACAAAUAUAGGGUUAAUAAUGACUGUAUUUAUUAAUUAAAAAUAUCGCGAAGCCACUCAACCGAAGACGAACCGUUCUAUACUGACGAUGUAUUGUUAAUAACCAAAAAAUAUUAAAAUAACAUUGAUAAUAUAAACCUGAUAACGCACAAUAUCAAAUAAGCCAAAUUAAUGAUUUGCUAAGAUUGGUACGAUGGAUUAUCCGAAAAUAUCAAAAUUCAAGUUGUACACAUGAUACAAUUCAAAAUACUAAGAAAUAAAUAUAUAUUAUUAAUUAA